AUGUCUCAAUCUCUAAGCAUGUCCUCAGACUCAGGUACUCAACGAACAUUAUUUACACCAUUCAAAGAUUAUGUGUUUACUACGAAGGAAAUAUUAAGGGCAAUAAGAAUUAUGUUUAAAUUCUUUAGAGUAACGGCCACAAUUUCAUUUCUAAUCUUAAUCAUUCUUGACAUUGUACAAGAAGGAUUCUUUGAGCUUAAAUACAUUUACGAUAUUAUUCUUUUUAUUGCUCUCCUCACUGCCAUUAUUGAUAUUAUGAUAUUUGGAGUUGAACUGUUAUUAUGUAUAUUCAAACGAGAAAUACAUAAAUCAGAUUCAUAUAAACAACAACAAUUACUACAGCAAUUGGAAAAGAAUGAAACAUCACAAUUAGAAAUGAAUCAACAUUCAAGAGGCAGAAAAAUGGUUAUGGUGGAAAUGAUCUUUAGCGUAUUGUUAUUUUUAAUAUAUUUUGGAUUAUCAUUAACCAUAACUGCGCUGUAUGGAUUUUUCUCUGGCGAUGACGAUUCAACCGAAACUGUCAGGAAUGGAUUAAUUUGGAUUAUAGCCUUUUGUUGGUUUUUCUAUUUCAUAUUUACGUAUUUGGAAUAUAGAUAA